AUGGCAGAGGGCGAUCUCGCGAGCCUCAAGAUCACCCUCACGCGCUCAAAUCUGGACGAGAACGAGAGUGUGGGUGCAGUCCAUGCGCCCUUGUUCCCUGGAGCCAAGUUCGAGGAAUGGUGGCUGCUGGUCUACGACAAUCGUGGUCGGAGGAUGAUAGCCACUGACAUGAUGCUGGGUACCGGCCGCACCUGCAAGAGCACCGUGAACUUUGUUGUGCCACGUCCUGGAGAUUUCAGCUGGACGGUCUACGCAAUGUGUGACUCCUAUGCAGGUCUAGAUACGCACUGCGACGUGCACUUCCGUGCAGCGAAGAAGAGCGAAGUUGACAGGUCCAUCUUUGUCCAUCCAGAGGAUGCAGAGAUCCGGACUUUGUUCGAAGAGCUCAUGAUGGGAUUGGAUCAGGAACAAGAGUCCGAUUCAGAGGAGGAAGAGGAGCCAGCAUCAAGGGAAAACCAGAUGCAAAAGCGCGAGGCCAAGAAGGCCGAGAGCGCUAAGGCCGUAGAGGUCGUGGAAGCGGAGGUAGCCGAUGCGGACGGUGCCGUGAGCAACGAGGAGCCAAAGGAGCCCGAACAAGCUUCCAAGUCCAAAGGCUCUAUUUCGGACGAUGAGGAUGAGGAGGAGCGGGCAAUUCCUGAGGGAGUGUUCAUACGUGUUGCAGACACGACUGGAACCUUCCUCUAUCGCGAGCCGGAUGAGGCAGCCUUAGCUUUGGCUCCAGGAGAUGACUUCAAGUAA